ACCAAAUAACUCUUUUUUUGGAAAAAUGGCCCUAAAUUCGAAUUGGAGCUUCUGUUUCUUUAAUUUCUCUUCCUUUAAUCCUAAAUCCCAAUUUCCAAACAAUCAAUAUUGACAAAAUAACGAGCCACAGAGGAAGUGCACAUGCUCUCUCUCUCUCUCUCUCUGAUCUUCCCAAAUCCUUCCAAAUAAACCAUCUCUUCAGGGGUUUCCAGCUCUAGGGUUCUCUCUCUCAGUCUCCCCGAAACAUGGCGGCGAUCCGUUUGCAGCCGGAAGAGCCUGACGUCUCACAGGCGCGAGCGAUAGCCGCAGCCGAUCUAAUCUCCGACGACGACCGCUCCGUUGCGGCCGACUCCUGGUCCAUAAAGAGCGACUACGGUAGCACUCUCGACGACGAUCAGCGCCACGCCGACGCCACCGAUGCCCUCUCCGUUGCCGCCCUCCGUGCCGCCUCCGAUUACAGUUCGGACAAGGAGGAGCCAGAUGCUGAAGCAGUGACAUCAAUGUUGGGCUUCCAGAGCUAUUGGAAUGCAACAUACGCGGAUGAGUUGUCCAAUUUUCGCGUACAUGGCCAUGCCGGGGAAAUUUGGUUUGGGGCUGAGGUUAUGGAGACUGUAGCCUCUUGGACCAAAAGCUUAUGCACUGACAUUUGUCAAGGCCAUUUGCUGAAUCCUGUUGAUGAUGAAGAAUUAGGGUCCGUUGAACAGAGUUGUAAAGAUUUGAUCAGUUGGAGUGUACUUGACAUUGGGACUGGAAAUGGUCUGCUACUACAAGAACUCGCUAAGCAAGGGUUCAAUGAUCUUAGUGGAACUGAUUACAGUGAAGGAGCAGUUGACCUUGCUCGAAGUCUUGCUGAUCGUGAUGGAUUCACCGAUAUUAAAUUUCUGGUUGACGAUGUUCUUGAGUCAAAAUUAGAAAGGAAGUACCAGCUUGUCAUGGAUAAGGGGACUCUAGAUGCGAUUGGUCUGCAUCCAGAUGGCCCUAUCAAAAGGAUCAUGUAUUGGGAUUCCGUCUCGAGGUUGGUGUUGCCUGGUGGAAUAUUGGUGAUUACAUCGUGUAAUAGUACAAAAGAUGAAUUGGUUCUAGAAGUGGAUAACUUCAACCAGAGAAGUAUCGGUACCUCCCAAGAACCUGGGACGGUCGGGGAUCAAGAGGUGGGCAGAGAUCCUCCGUUUCGUUACCUCGACCAUGUCCGUUCAUACCCAACAUUCAUGUUUGGAGGAUCCAUAGGAUCACGUGUUGCAACUGUAGCAUUUCAGAGGAACUGAUACCAGUAAUUUUCAAUUGUGGCUAGGUCAUCUCUGUCAAGUGGGGUUUUUGUUGUUGGUGGUUUUAGGUUUUAUUUGGGUGCGCAUUUGUGGUCAAGGAAGUGGAAGCAACUGAUCUUUGAAAUGUACGAAUCUACUGAAAAAUGCUUUCCAAGCCGAUCUGUGUAAAUUUGACCUUGUUCUGGAUUUGAAGUACUGCCCUUGAAUCUGGACCCUGAACCAUGGUUUAUUGCUUGCUUAAUUUCCACAGUUCUGUUUCAGAGGAUUGGGUUAACAUAAUGAAUGUAAUUGUCCUGAGAUUUAUUGACCA